AUGGGUGAUAUGGAAGUUUCAAUUAGUAGUGUUCUUGAUGUCAUGGAGGGCUUGAAUGUAAACAAGUCCGCUGGCAGCGACGGGCUACAUCCGGCCAUCAUGAAACCAUUAGCUUCUGUCCUCGCCCUCGCGAUGACCACACUCUAUCAGGAGUCCCUAAGGGCUGGGAGAGUACCCAGUGAUUUGGCGACUGCCACAGUGGUAGAUAUCCACAAGAGUGGAGAUAGGAAGCAACCUGGUGCAACAAUCGUGACAAUUGUGGAACCACCUGGUAGUCGCAGCACAGUGGGAAUCACCAGCUCGCAAGUGCAAGGAGCUGGACGUCCACUGGCCGAAGCCUAA